UACAGCGAAUGAUGAAAAUAAUUAAGCAACAUUAAUACACCUCUAAAUGGCAAUUUUGGAUCCUUAAGUGUCCCCUACUCUAGGAUUUACCCUUUCAAAAGAAUGCACUUAGAUUGUUUAUCUUUACAGUUUGGAAUUUAGUCCAAAACAAAAAAAAAAAAAAACAAGUACCAUUUGGUAUUCAUAAAUUAUUGUGGCGCUACAAUCACUUUGUUCAAUGAAAAAACUUAUAAAAUAAACUCUUUGUUAUUUAAAUGUAUAGCUCCAUUAUGUUUGCUCUUUAGUUUCUCAAGAAUUGUAUCUCACAUUCUUCACUCAAUCCUCUCAACCACCAUCCACCACCGUCAACCACCACUUACCACCGUCAUGAAACACCAAGAAAACGCAAAAUGACAAAAGUUUUUGGUUCAUGCUAGUGACCAUCUUCACCACCACCAUUAAUUAAUAGCUAGCUAGCACCGCUGUGUUAGGGUGGAGCAAGGAGGAGGAGCUCAUUAUCUCCGGUAAGAGAAAACUCAUACGAGAACUUUAAUAGUAGCAGUUUAAUACAUGUUCCAUAAAAGAUACACAAGAACUUUUAGUUUCACAUGCAUGGUAAUUUUUUUCAUCAAGAGUUUGUGUGAGUUUGAAGCAAACGUCCAUUAACACACAACAAUCUCUAGUAAUUCACAUGCAUGUUGUCUCCUUAGAGUAAACUUUCAAAAACACCACCAUCUUGACCACCAUCAUUUUUGCUACAACCCCAUUUCUUGGUUUUAAUUUACACUCAAUAAUGGAGAAGAAAAGACACCAUUUUUUCACUUUCCCUUCAUGUUAUUUCUUGUUUUGCUUGUUUUUUUGGUUAUGUUUGAGUCCAAAGACUGUAUUUUUAGUGAGCUCUAUUUCUUCUGAUGGAGAAUCUCUUCUUUCUCUGCUUAAAUUUGUUGACCCUUAUGCAAAAUCAUCUUCCUCUGUGCUUUCUUCUUGGAACCCUUCAAGUUCAACUCCAUGUUCUUGGCAAGGGAUUACAUGUUCCCCUCAAGAAAGAGUAAUUUCACUUUCUAUCCCCAAUACUUUCCUCAAUCUCUCUUAUUUGCCCCCUGAACUCUCUUCCCUUUCUUCUCUACAGCUUCUCAAUCUUUCUUCUACUAAUAUUUCUGGUACAAUCCCUCCAUCGUUUGGUUCUUUCUCUCAUCUUAGGCUUUUAGACCUUUCUGGUAACUCACUUUCAGGUUUUAUUCCUUCAGAACUUGGUGGGCUUAGUUCACUUCAGUUCCUGUUCUUGAAUUCAAAUAGAUUGACUGGUAAGAUACCACCAGAGUUAGCAAAUCUCUCUUCACUGGAAAUCUUUUGUCUUCAAGAUAAUCUCGUCAAUGGUUCAAUUCCAUCACAGUUAGGAUCCUUGUUGUCUCUUCAGCAGUUUAGGAUUGGGGGAAAUCCAUAUUUGACUGGUGAAAUUCCUCCACAAUUAGGGUCACUCACCAAUCUCACAAUGUUUGGUGUCGCGGCUACCGGUCUUUCGGGUGUUAUUCCACCCACAUUUGGGAAUUUGGUCAAUCUUCAAACACUGGCUAUUUAUGACACUGAAGUAUUCGGUGCGAUACCCCCUGAACUCGGGAUGAUUUCGGAGCUUAGGUACUUGUAUCUGCAUAUGAAUAAGUUAACCGGUUCGAUCCCCCCUCAGUUGGGUAAGUUACAAAAGCUUACUAGCUUGCUUUUGUGGGGAAAUUCGUUAACCGGACCUAUCCCGGAUGAGCUUUCGAAUUGUUCAUCCCUCGUCAUUCUUGAUGUUUCUGCGAAUGAAUUAUCAGGUGAAAUUUCUGGUGACUUGGGGAAGCUAUUGGUUCUUGAACAGCUUCAUUUGUCUGAUAAUGCAUUUACCGGUUCUAUACCGUGGCAGUUAAGUAAUUGCACUAGCUUGACAGCUCUUCAGCUAGAUAAGAAUCAAUUAUCUGGGCAAAUUCCAUGGCAAGUUGGCAAGUUAAAGUACUUGCAGAGUUUUUUCUUGUGGGGGAAUACGGUUACAGGUACCAUUCCAGCUGCUUUUGGAAACUGUACCGAGUUAUAUGCACUCGAUCUUUCGAGGAACAAGCUCACAGGAUCGAUCCCCGAGGAGAUAUUUGAUUUGAAGCAGCUGAGUAAAUUGUUGCUUCUCGGGAAUUCGUUAACUGGACGAUUGCCUCGAAGUGUCGCGAGAUGCCAGUCUCUCGUGAGGUUGAGGCUCGGUGAGAACCAGCUUUCAGGACAAAUCCCUAAGGAGAUUGGUCAAUUGCAGAAUCUCGUGUUUCUUGAUUUGUAUAUGAACCAUUUCUCUGGGGGCUUGCCUUCUGAAAUUGCCAACAGUACAGUUCUUGAGCUAUUGGAUGUUCAUAACAAUUACCUAACCGGGGAAAUACCGGACGAGAUGGGAGAGCUUGUGAAUUUAGAGCAGCUUGAUCUUAGCAGGAACAGCUUCACCGGUGAGAUCCCUUCGAGUUUUGGUAAUCUCAGUUACUUGAACAAACUUAUUCUCAGUAACAAUCUGCUUACUGGUCCAAUUCCUAAGUCUUUUAAGACCUUGCAGAAGUUAACUCUACUUGAUUUGAGCUCGAAUAGUCUUUCCGGUGAUAUCCCAUCUGAUCUUGGCUAUGUCACAAGCUUAACGAUCAGUUUAGAUUUGAGCUCGAAUCGUUUAACGGGUGAACUUCCUGAAACAUUGUCCGGUUUGACACAGUUACAAUCUCUUGAUAUUUCUCAUAAUUUGUUGAGUGGAAGAAUCACAAUUCUAAGCUCCUUAACCAGCCUUACUUCCCUGAAUGUUUCGUAUAACAAUUUCUCGGGGCCUAUUCCUGUCACACCGUUCUUUAAAACUCUCAAUUCGGAAUCUUUUCUGGAGAAUUCAAAGCUCUGUCAAUCAGUUGAUGGUACUAGUUGUUCUACACAUAUAAUGGGAAGGAACGGGUUGAAGUCAGUGAAAACCAUAGCUUCGGUUGCAGUAAUUCUGACUUCCAUAGCCAUAGCAGUGGUGGCCACGUGGAUUCUUGUGACACGAAAUAACCGGUAUAUGUUUCAUAAGUCCCAAGGCAUGUCAGCCUCCUCGGUAGGGGCAGAAGAUUUUUCCUACCCAUGGACUUUUAUACCCUUUCAAAAGUUUAAUUUCACCAUCGACAACAUCUUGGAUUGCUUGAAAGACGAAAACAUCAUCGGGAAAGGAUGUUCAGGUGUUGUAUACAAAGCAGAAAUGCCUAACGGUGAGGUGAUUGCAGUGAAGAAGCUUUGGAAAACAAAGAAAGACGAGGAGCCGGUGGAUUCUUUUGCUGCAGAGAUUCAAAUUCUCGGACAUAUUAGGCAUCGAAACAUAGUGAAGUUAUUGGGAUAUUGUUCAAACAAGAGCAUUAAGCUUCUUCUCUAUAACUACAUUUCGAAUGGAAAUCUUCACCAGCUCUUGCAAAGUAACAGAAACUUGGACUGGGAAAUUAGGUACAAAAUUGCAGUUGGAUCAGCUCAAGGCCUUGCUUAUCUGCACCAUGACUGUGUUCCCACCAUUCUUCAUAGAGAUGUCAAGUGCAAUAAUAUACUUCUCGACUCCAAGUUUGAUGCUUAUAUAGCAGAUUUUGGACUUGCAAAGCUAAUGAAUUCGCCAAACUAUCACCAUGCUAUGUCUAGUGUAGCAGGUUCCUAUGGAUAUAUUGCUCCAGAAUAUGGAUAUACGCUGAAUAUAACAGAAAAGAGCGAUGUCUAUAGUUAUGGAGUGGUGCUGCUGGAAAUACUUAGUGGGCGUAGUGCUGUUGAUACACAAAUAGGUGAUGGGCUACACAUUGUUGAGUGGGUAAAGAAGAAGAUGGGAAGCUAUGAACCAGCUGUGACAGUUCUUGAUGCUAAGCUACAAGGUUUACCGGAUCAAUUGGUGCAAGAAAUGCUGCAAACGCUUGGAAUAGCGAUGUUCUGUGUGAACUCAUCGCCGGCUGAAAGGCCAACAAUGAAGGAAGUUGUGGCACUUCUAAUGGAAGUGAAAAGUUCACCUGAUCAAGAAUUUGGGAAAACUUCUCAGCCUCUAAUAAAACAGUCCUCAACCCAAAGUUGAUUAUUUUUGUAUUGUUUUUUGCGUUUGACUAAGAAGAGUUAGAAAUUAAUUUUCUUAAGAGAUCCCAAGAUAAGAGCAAUGUCAACUCAUUGUUGGAAGGAGAGGAAAACUCUUGUUCCUAGUAUUAGACAAUGUCUUGGGUUUCAUUGUGUACAUAUUUCAGAAACAUUGAAGUAGUUUAUUUGCUUCUUUAUUUCUUCAUAUCCAUCUCUGCGCUGAGAUUUUAGCUUAAAUCUGCUUACAAUUGCACCAUAUAAGGAAAUAUAGAAAGGAGAAACCAUACAAGAGAAAAAAAAAAAACUAACUCUGAAAACCAAAGAUAGCCACAAUACUCAUGUUAUGACAGAAUGUCAGCUUUUCAAACAUAACUUGAACAAUUUUAAGUACAAAAGACUUU